AACAUACCCAGGUUAAAUUUGCAUGACUAACCUUGACAAGCUUUUAUGGUAUAUUUCAGAGAUGUACGCAGUCGUGUAAUUUCCGUUAAGUGACUUAUGUUGGGCAUCUUUUGUUUUUCAUAGUUUAAGGAUAACUCAUCGGUGUGUUUUCUAGAUGACAGUCCUUUUAAUAAAUGGCCUCAUGAUUAUAAUUUUAAUUUAAUAUCUUCACCGGGUAGCAUAUUGGCCAUAGGUCUAAUUGCUAGUUGUUCAUUGUAAGACAAUGUAUAACCUUGUUCUAUUUUCAGUUCAGUUUUCAUGUCCAGUUCAAAAACAUCAAAGACACAAGGUUCAGCUGGAUUGCUGACUAAAUUGCUUCUUGCUUGGGAACUUGUAUGCAUAUCUACCCUGCAGCAUUUACUUACCGGAAUAAAUGUCUCUAGAUCUGGAAGUGCAUCAACCAUUGUUUUCUGAUAGGAUUUAUAACUGGAUAAACUUGGGUUUUAAGAAGAUCUGUGAUAUGCGUUCCUGGCUACAUAAUCACUUACGAAACGUUUCCACUGAGAGAAUACAUGACUUUAGAUCUCAGAAUAUCACAGUAACUGAAUGACUUUGAACCACCCUGUUUUUAUGGAUUCAGGUGCCCCCUGUACUCGGAGUGACAGAAUGGUCUCCCCUGCUAUUGCCCUGGCAUUUAUUCCUCUACUGUUCACACUGAUCAUCCGGUACCGGUACUAUUUUGUCCUGUUCUACCGUGCGGUGCUGGUCCGGGUGGUCCAGGACUUCCUGACGGGUCUCUCUCGGGAGGAGCGAGCCUUCCAAUAUGUGCUGACUCACGCCACCCCAGGGAACCCUGACAGCAUCCUGGAUGCCUUUGACCAUUGGUGCAGUAAAGUUGAGUUCAUCAGCAACAUUGGCCCCAAGAAAGGUCUGGUCUUAGACAGGCUGCUGAGAGAGAACUCUCCACUGAACGUUCUGGAGUUGGGUACGCACUGUGGGUACAGUGCCAUCCGAAUUGCCCGCUCCCUGCCCAUCGGUGCCCGGCUCUACUCUGUGGAGAUGGACAAGAGUAAUGCACUUGUGGCAGAAAAGGCCAUUCGACUUGCCGGUUUUGAUGAUGACAUGGUGGAGUUAAUUGUGAGCACCUCAGAAGAGGUCAUUCCUAAGCUGAAGGAGGAAUAUGGGGUGGAAAUGCUGGAUUUUGUUUUCAUGGACCACUGGAAGCGCUGCUACCUGCCGGACCUCCAGCUCUUAGAGGGCAGUGGGUUACUGAGUGAAGGCACCAUCAUUCUUGCUGACAAUGUCUUAUUUCCUGGGGCCCCCAACUUUCUGCGGUACGUCAAGCGCAGCGGCUUGUAUAAGUGCCAUAUGCACCGUGCCUCACUGGAAUACAUCCGCGGCAUUAAAGAUGGCAUGGCUGAACUCAUCUACCUGGGGGCGAAAUGAAGGACCCACAGCACUCCCUUCUGGGGUCCGUUCAGUGUGCAAUCUUCAGGUCUUCUUGCCCACUAAAUAACAAGAGGUGUGGUGCUGGGACUUCAUUUCCCCCCACACCAACACAGCCGAGAUCGUCUAUUAAUCCCCCUCAUCACACAGAAGGCCAACAGAAACCACCGACCCACUGUUGUCAUAAAGGAAAAAAACAUUUUCAAAUGAAGAAGUCAUAUACACAAAAGAAAAUUUUACAGAUUCCUUUAUUAACGUUCAUAGGGCACUGUAAAACUAAAACGUGUUAAAUAUGCUCUGUGAUGGAUAAAUACUUUAAACUGUCAUUAAAGACAACUGGAUGAAGUACA